AAGGCGGAAUGCCUGGAAGGGGAUUUCGUAAAGCAACUUUCGCUUUCCUUUCCCCUCCUCUCGGGCCGGUUGCGCCUGGAGGUCUGCCUAGCAACAAUGACGACUGAGGGAUAUCUUUUUUCUACUGGUUGAGCUUGCCCAAUCGCCGGCUUGCUCGGGGUUGUUUCCUUGUUGGUGACGCGGGGCUCGUCUUUCUCUGCCUGCGACUUCGGAAGCCCUGAGCGCAGGCUUAGGAUCGCAGCUAAGAUGGCUCUGCGCUCUCUGUCCCUGGUGGUGGUGGUGGUCACCCUGCGGGAGAGCUGCUUCGGUGCCUCCUCCCACUCCAUGAAGUUUUUCUCCACUUCCAUCUCAGACCCCAGUCAGGGGCAGCUGCCCCACUUUGUCUCUCUGGGGUACGUGGAUGAUCAGGUCUUCAGUUACUACGACAGCCACAGCCGGAGGAUGAAGCGUCGAGUCUCCUGGAUGGAGAAGGUGGGGAAGGAGGAUCCCCAGUACUGGGACAGAGAGACACAGAUAUUUCGUGGCUAUGAGGAGUUGUUCAGAGUAAACCUGCAGGCUCUGAGGAUUCUCUACAAUCAGAGCGAAGGCCUUCACACAUUGCAGGAGAUGUCUGGCUGUGAGCUCCGAGGAGACGGGAGCAAAGGAGGGUUUAUCCAGUAUGGCUACGAAGGGAGGACCUUCAUCACCUUCGACAAGGAGACCCUCACCUGGGUGGCUCACGACCCCCAGGCCCAGAUCGCCCUGAGGAAAUUGAAUGCGCUUCCAGGAUUGAAUGAGAGAGAGAAGGUCUACCUGGAGGAAAUCUGCAUUGACUGGCUGGAGAAGUUCCUGUCCUAUGGGAAGGACACCCUGCUGAGGACAGAGACCCCAAAGGUGACGGUGAGCAGCAGGAAGGAGGUGGAGGAUGGGAUCGAGACGCACGUCUGCCGCGUGGAUGGCUUCUACCCGAGGGAGAUCGAUGCCUCCUGGAGGAGGGAUGGGGAAGAAUGGCUUGAAGAGACCUUCCAUGGGUCUGUAGCCCCCAAUGCGGAUGGGACCUACCACUACUGGCUCAGCAUCCGGAUUGACCCUAAAGAGAGGAGCCGCUAUCGGUGCCACGUGGAGCACGGCGGCCUGCAGGAGCCUCUGGACUUGGAGCUGAAGGAACCAACCAAUUCAAAAUCCAACCUGGGGCUCAUCAUUGGCUGUGUUGUGGCUGCCCUUGUCCUGGUGUGUGUGAUUGCUGGAAUUGUUGUAUUCUUCAAAAAACGUCAAGAUGACUACAAAGCAGCACCAACAAGUGACAAAGGAUCCAGCAGUUCAGACCAGGGGAGCAACCAGAUGGUUUAGCAGCCCCCUUGCAGGGGAGACGCCCAGCAUGAGGGGAGAGGAGAGAAGAUGGGAUCGGACUCCUUCUGAAUUAGGCCGGAUUCUCAGGAGGAGCCCUUCAGGCCCUUCCUGCAUGCUGGAGCCCGGAGAGAUUUUUGGGUCUUUCAUCACUUGUAUCUAGCUAGUGUAGGAAUUAAGAACUGUCUCCUUUAAGAAACUACCUCAUGGUAAAUGCAGGCAGAGACUGCCUUAUGGGAAAUGUAGUUCCAUAACAUGUGAUCACAUCUUUGUUUAUGAUUGGCCACCGGGGCAUCUUGCCCACAUGCAAAGUUUAUAACUGGGCAGUUUAAAUGGCUGUGUGAACCGGAAUAGUAGCAUUUUACAUCUCCACUCAACAUAGGGAUAAAAUCAUCAUCUUUUUACACUACGUGAUGGGACAGAUCAUGGAAAGUCAGAAGAAUCUUAACACUGAACUGUAAGUGUUGUUAUUAAGGAUGCCUGAUAAUAAACGUGGUCUGAAAGAGAUUCCCAAACGUGGAGUUAUCUGGCUGCCCGAGCAGAACCUCAUUGCCCGGGGCAGAACAAGGAGAGUCCCAUUAUUUAAUAUGGGACUUAUGAUACAAUUGGUUAGAUGAUAGAUGCAAAGUCUAGAAAGCUAAUGAUGAAAGAUGAUUAACGAACCAGAAAUAAAUACAGGUAUAAAGUUAUAUAGAAGAAUACGUAUUGUAAGCAAUAUUAUUACCAGAAUGUACAAAAGUGUAAAUUAAAAUAUAUAGAAUGAUAAAUGUAUAGAGAACUAUGUUAGAACCAUGGAAACAAUAGAUGUAAGUUUGUCGUAUGCAAGUUCCUAUAUUUUUUAUUCUUUUUUAUGUUGACUAUAUUGUAUGAAUAAGAGAAAAAUGGACACAAUUAGGAUAUAUAACAUCAUGUAUAUCUUACAAGUUGCUGAUAUAAUCAGUAUAUCGUUGCUGCAAAGUUGAAACUGUGAGGUAAAAUGAAAAAAAACAUGCAAUAAAAAUAUUAAU